AUGUUGGCCGAGCUUCUAGCCAUAGCUCUUCUUCUCCUUCCCUACUACUACUAUCUCAUUUCAUCUUCGCGGAAGAGGAACCGACCCAAGUACCAAAAAUUCACGUCGUCGUCCACUGUGGGACUCCUCCCUAAAUCAUAUCCCCUCAUCGGUUCCGCCCUCGACAUCGCCGCCAACAAGGAGCGGCGGGUCCAGUGGACCUCCGACAUCGUCCUCAGCUCCCCCACCGCCACGUUCACCCUCCGCCUCGCCCUGGGCUCCGCCCGCAUCUUCACCGCCAACCCGGCCAACGUCCAGCACAUCCUCAAGACCAAUUUCCCCAACUACCAGAAGGGCUUCGACUUCCGCACCACUCUGUUCGACCUCCUCGGCGACGGCAUCUUCAACGCCGACGGCGACACCUGGAAGUCCCAGCGCCAGCUCUCCAGCCACGAGUUCAACACCAAAUCGCUCCGCAAGUUCGUGGAGACCGUCGUCGACACCGAGCUCUCCGCCCGCCUAAUCCCCACCCUCUCCGCCGCGGCUGCAAACGCAGCAGCCACGCUCGACUUGCAGGACAUUCUUCAGAGGUUCGCCUUCGACAACAUCUGCAAGAUCGCCUUCGGGUACGACCCGGGUUACCUGGCUCCGACCCUGCCCGAGGCCCGAUUCGCCACCGCGUUCGAGAACGCGGUGCGGAUUAUCAGCGGCCGGUUCAAUUCCGGGGUUCCCCAGAUCUGGAAGAUUAAAAAAUUUCUAGGGAUUGGAUCUGAGGCGGAGCUGAAGGAAGUGGUCUCGGAAGUUAGGGAUUUCGCGAGGAAGAUCGUGAGAGAGAAGAAGGCAGAGCUGAAACAGAACGAAUCGGAUGAUUCGAUCGACAUUCUCUCUCGAUUCUUGAGCUCGGGCCGUAACUUCGACGACGAAUUCGUGACCGACAUCGUAAUCAGCUUCAUCCUCGCCGGGCGGGACACGACCUCGGCGGCGCUGACCUGGUUCUUCUGGCUGCUGUGGAAGCACCCGGAGGUGGAAUCGAACAUUCUAGAAGAAAUCAGGGAGAAAUCGGAUACGGCGAUAUACGAAGAAGUGAAGGACAUGGUUUACACGCACGCGGCUCUGUGCGAGGCGAUGAGAUUGUACCCGCCGGUGCCGAUCGACACGAAGGUGGCAGCGAACGACGACGUUUUGCCGGACGGGACGGAGGUGAGGCAGGGGACUAGGGUUUCGUACCAUCCGUACGCGAUGGGGAGGCUGGAGGAGAUUUGGGGGAAGGAUUGGGCGGAGUUUAGGCCGGAGCGGUGGCUGGAGAGAGGGGAGGAUGGGAAGUGGAAGUUCGUUGGGAAGGAUCCGUUCAGCUAUCCGGUGUUUCAGGCGGGGCCGAGGGUUUGUUUGGGGAAGGAAAUGGCGCUCCUGCAGAUGAAGAGGGUGGUGGCCGGGAUUUUGAGGAGCUUUAGGGUGGUGCCGGCGAUGGAGGACGGGGAGGAGCCUGUGCUGAUUUCGGAUUUGACUACGAAGAUGAAGGGAGGGCUCCCCGUGAGGAUUGAGGCUAGGGAAAUUCGGGUGGCUUGA